UUCAUUGUUGCUGCAACGCGGUCGAGCGGUCGAGCAGUCACGGCAGAAGCAAGAGGCUGUGCAGCACUGGGGCAGGAGUGGAGGAAGAGUGGCAGAUAGCAGGUAGGCAGCCAUGCGAAAUGGAUAGGUAGUCGUCCAGUGGAGGCGGCGGUGGAAGUGCCAGGCUGGCGGGCAGGUUGGCAGGCGCAAUGACCGGCAUCCUGUGCAGCUGCUUGAGAGACAUGUGGGUGCGCCCGUCAUUGAACAGCAAGCAUGAAUACCAGCGAGAGGCUCAGUGGCAUAUCAUUGAGCGGUGAAGAUGAGCCCGUGAGUGGCAGAGAGAAAGUGGCCAUUGUCUCGACGCCGUCCAACCAGCGCAGCCUCUACUGAUGGACGAGUUUGAUUCCGCCUCUUGUGGUGGAGUCCUCGGGUCCAACAAGCUUGCUAUGGCAAGCGUCGGCUACUCAGGCGCGUACCUGUGCACGCACAAGCUGGGCAUAUCGUACAACCUGCUCGAGCUGCUGGCGGGUGUCGCGGGCGGUGCGAGUGUGGGUAGUGCGAACACAAUUGCGAAUUUCUAUGCGGUGCUCGCUGUAGCGGGGGCGCCUAUGAGCACGAAUGGAAGCCGCGUCCUUAAUCUCGGCAUAGACGGCUCGCAAAGCAACUACAGCACCACACAUGUGGCUGCACCAUCUACGACCAGGUGAUAGCGCAUGUGCGUGCACUUGCACUCUUCAACUACACGAACGUGUCCACUGCCGGCACUGACUUUGUGUUGCCCGCGGCGCUCUUCCCCGGAGUACCGCAGCCUGACGCCGUCCUUGUAUGUUACCUCAGUGUGCCACAUCCAGCUGUGUGCUCAAGGUGAUACAUACUAAUGUAAUGUUUGCCCAUGCUCAUUCAAGUGGUAGUACAAGACAUUCUGUGUAAAUACAGCCCUGUAAAAUAGUUAAUAUGCU